AUGGUGCUGCCCCGCGGGCCCUCCGGCCGCCGCCUUCACCCGCCGCCUCCCCCGCGCACCCGCCUCCCGCCCCGGGCGCCGAGCCAGAGGCCGCCGCGCCCGCGGCCCCCUCCCCCCGAUCCCUGGGUGCCCGCGGCGGCCGGGCCGCUAUCCCCUGGGGCGCCGCCGGGGGUCGGGGUGGGCGCGCUGCGGGUCCGGGGGGUGGGGCGCGGCCUGGCCGAGCGCCGCUGCGCGCCAGGGACCCGACCCGGGAUCGCAAGUGCCGGGCACAGCCUCCGGCCUGGCGCGGAGCUCCAUUCGGUCCCUGCCAGCAGCCGGCUCUGCAGUCGGCCCCGGGUCGGGCUCCAAAAGAAAAUUCCAGGGUCACCCAGCUACUCCCGGGCUCCCCGUGCCUGGCCUCCCGGCGGACCCGAGCUCAGCCUGGAGGCACUGACUAGGCGUGCGCUCCGGUCUGCACCUGUGCCCCCGAAGCCCCCAGCAGGCCUCGUCCCCUCGAUCCACAGAGCCAUGUUCGCCCUGCCCUUCCGGCAGCUGCUCUCAGUUGGGGCUGCGCGAUCCGUGUCCACGCCAGGAUGGCUUCCCUGGGUGCUACCGGCCACUUCCAGGCUUCAGCCCUCAGCUGUGCUGGUCACCCCGCCUGCUACCAGCACUCUCCCUGCCCUGCCUAGCCUCCUGUCUCACCACGUGUUUUCUGAGAAUUUCUCCAACUUCUCUCCAGACUCAGUCCCAUCCUCAAAAAUCGUUCUACCCUUAGCUUACUUAUCUUGAAGGGCCAAGAGGCUGGGAGCGCACAGACACGUUCCCAGAGCACCCGGCCCGGUGCCUUAGAUUCCCCUGGCCUCAUAUACUCACCAGCUGGUGACCUUGGGCUACUUAAUUGCCAGACCAGUUUUCUCAUUAGUUAGAUGAGGCUAAUACCCUCUUUGUGGAUUGAAUGAGUUGAUAAUAAAGUGCCAGAAAAGCUCCUGGUGCAUACAUAGGUCAUGCAUUUUAGGUUUUAGCUACUGUAACUGCUGUUCACUUGUUUCUGAGUUAAUAAUGUGGGUUGAGCAGAGAGGUCCUCAGGAUCACAGAUACCGUUUGGGAUAAAACCCUUGGCAGCGUGCGGGCAUCCGGCAGCGGUGCACUGAAUGACAGUUUUUAUUGUCCUCUCGUUCCUUGACCUCGGCUACUGAAGCACACCUAUCGCCUAGUUAGCAGUACCUUCUGUGUCUACGUGUCUCACACUCCAGAGUCUUGCCCACACUUUUCACUGCCUCUGGACGCCCCCAGACUCAACUGUCCUCCCCUCCCCUAUUCCUCCUGCUCUCCCUUCUGGUGUGGCCAUGGCCCGGCACCAGACUCAGUCUCAGCAUCAUCUCAGCACCCCUCACUUCUCAGGCCUUUACUCAAGUGUUACCUCAGCUCAGGCUCCCUUUGCUACCCAGCCCUCUGGCCCAGCACACAUACACACAUACACACAAAAGCACACAUACACAGCCUAGCGCCCUUCCCUGCUUUCUCUAUCUCCAAAGUCCUUAUCACCAUCUAGCAUAUGCACAUUUUUAUUCCUUUGUCUACUAUAUAUUUUUACUUAUUUACUUAUCUUUGUGUACACUAGAUAGAAUGCAGGUUUCGUGAGGCAGAAAGUUCUGUAUUAUUUCUAUAUUGCUACCACCUAGAACAGGGCCUACUUCAUAGUAGGUGCUCAGUCAAAGAAUAUUUGCAGAGUAGAUGGGUGCUUCCUUAAACCCCCCCUCCACCCCUACUCAGCACCCUCUCUCCUCUGCUGUCCGCCAUCUUGAUGGCCAGUGCCCCUGGGGGUUCCUCACCUGUGGUCCAGCCAGCCUGCCUUCCCCACUCUACUCCCACAGUUCACCUUGGAGGUGCCACCUUCUGAGCUGGCCUUACUUUCCAAAUUACAUCCUCAUUUCUCACCUCCCCUUUCAAAAUCUUAACCUAUGUCCCUCACUGAGUUGUUCCCUCAGGUGACAGCCAAACACAACCACUGGCCAAUCCUCAAGUCCUUCUUGAACUUUCCUAGAUACCCCUGUAGGUAUCCCAUGCAGUUCCCUCUCCCUGGCCUUUCACCGUCAUGCCCACCCCUGCCCUCUGCCCAGCAAGGGCUGGGUUGAAUAUCAGCACCCCCUUCUCAAAGGCUGUGCCCACCAUGACUGCCUUUCUUCCUAAGGAAUACCAUUGUCAUCUGUGCUCCUAACACACCUAAGAACUUUCUUAGGGAAUUUUGCUACAUUUUUCUUUGUAUUGUACUUGUCAGGGUAUUUUCAUUUUAAUUACUUUUUUUUUUUAAGCGAAGUUAUCUGAGCAUACAGACAAAAAGACCUAGAGUAGCUGCGAAGAUUGUGAACUGCAGACCACUGAUCCCAAUCCCCUUCUACUCAUUAUAGUAAGUGAUCUCAGGCAAGUUAUUUAGGCUUUUUCUGUAGCAUUGAAUAAUAAUAGAAACUUCUUAUUUUAAUACAAAUCACUUAGAAUGAUAAUUGAGACAUGAUAAGUCCUAUAUAAGAGCCAGCUGUCAAAAAAAGGGUGAUAAAAAAAUAACACCCACCCCUAGAAUUAGCAAAUGUCAUAUUAUCAUGUUUGUUUUAUUUAUACUGUUAUAAAGAACCAACACUCAAAGACACAACUGAAGUCUCCCUGGGCUUCAGGUCCUGUUCCCUGUCCCCUCCCUUUCUUUCUGAGGUUUGCCCCAGGCUCUUUCUUCAGAAGGUACGUCCAGCAUGAAGGCUCAGGUCCACUGGGUAGAGAACCCUGGGGUCCCACCUCCCAGAGCACAAGGCGGCAGGAAGGCAAAGGGAGAUAGGCUUCAGGUGGGUGCAACCUCUUGGCCCUGGAGCUAGGGGAGGUAGGGGAGUGGAAGGAAGACCAGAGUGCGGCCCCCAAAGGCAUAGGACCUCUCUUCCCCGGUAUAAGUAUCAAGAAAUUAUCCAUCUAAUCCAUGUUUUAAUCCUUUUAAUCCCUAGGUAUUACACACAGACAAUAUGUAGUACUCAGAGUGCUUUGAAAGUUGCAUAAAUGGUACCCAACUCUGUAACUGUUCCAUCACUUCUCUUUUUCACUCCACAUUAUAUUUUUCAGACCUUGAUAUAUAAGGAUCUUGCUCACUUACUCUGCUGUUCAUCAUUCUGUUCAAUGGCUGUAAUUCAUUCAUUCCCCUAUUGACAGACAUUUAGCUCAUUUUUUACUUUUCACAAUUAUAGAUGAUGCUACGGUGAGCCUUUCAGCACAUCCCCUUGUGCAUCUGUGCAGGAGUCUAAGAUAAAUGCCUAGAAAUAGACCAGCGCAACAAUAGCAUGUAGAUUUUGAGCUUUGCCAGACAUUGACAAACUGCUUUGGAGGGGUGGCCCCAAUUUGCACCCUACUGGCAGCAUAUGAGAUUAUCCCUGUUGACAUCAACAUUUGGGCUUGCUGGAUGGAUUCAAGCACGUUCCUGGGCACUCUGGGUGUGAAAUGAAACCUCAUUGUUCUUGUUAACAUGUCCCUGAUUUAAUCAGAUUGAACAUAUUUUACAUGUUUAUGUAUCUCCUCUUCAUAUGCUCUGCUGUGUUCUCUUUGUUACUUGUUUUUCUUACUGAACUUCUGGGAAGUUUUUUGUGUAUACUCGUGUAAUCUGCUCCUUUGUCAGCUGUAUCUGUUUUACAUUCUCAGUCUGUGGCUUCACUUUUAACUUUGUUUAUAGUGUCUCAGUGACUACAAAAAGUUUAAAUUCAGAUGUAAAGAAAAUGCAUCAAAUUUCUUCAAAGCUCCUGCUUUUUGCAUCUUGCUAAAAAGAAAUCCUACAUGAGUAUGUUUCUGGGCUCUUCAUUCUGUUCUACUGUUCUAUUUGUCCAUCUCCAUGCCUAUUUUUCCCUGUUAAUUGUGAGUGCCCUCCAUAUGCAUUUUAUACUUGAUUAAGUUCCAUAGAAAUUCAGUUGAGAUUUUGGUAUAAAAUUGUGCAUGCAUUUUAUUUCUCCCAUUACUUUGUACGUUUUUGAGAGAAAUGUCAAAGCACAUUCAUCUUUCUAUCUUAAAGCAUUGAUAUGUAUGCUAUAUCUGCACUGUUUAAUAGGGUGGCCAUCAUCCACAUGAUGCUAUUUAAAUUUAAGUUAAUUAGAAUUAAAUACAAUGAAAAGUUCUGUUCACCAUGAGCCAGGUGUCAGGUGCUCAGUAGUCAGUGUCGCUAACUGGCUGUAUAUUGGACCAUGCAGAUCCAGAACAUUCCCAUCAUCACAGAAGUUUUGUGGAACAGGGCUGUACCAGACACAGGGAUCAAUAAAUGAUAGUUGAAUAGGAACAAUAAGAAUCAACUGGUCCACAAUCUUUAGCUUUUGUAACAAUACUGACUUUAGCUCUUUUUGAAAAAGUGAUCUAAAAUUCUAUAGUUGAUAUUUUCUAUUGCCUUUAGAAAUGGAUAGAGCAGGCAUUAAGGUAUAUUCAUCACCUAUUGAGCUACCAAAAUAUGUCAUAAUGACAUUUAUGCUGUUCAUUAAGCAUGAAAAAGAUUAGCUUUUCAUAAUGUAAGAAGAUUUAUACUAUAAUAAAUCUCAAAAUAAAACAUUUUAAAAAGAUCCAUUGAGAGAAAACUUGGCAAGUGCAUUGGUGCCCGUGCUGAGGCCUAAGGGAAAACUUAGGGAUCAUAUUUUUUGUUUUGUUUCUUAACAAACUGGUGAGAAUAUUUGAAACACUUCCCUUCUUACCUUAUUUGGCAUGGAGAAGCUAUUUUUUUACCUUAGUGUGUGACUAUAGUGAAAACUACAGAGCUCUGCCUUUGUGACGUGGCCUAACACCGACUUAGGUGGACCAAUAUUCAUCAUUUUUUUGUCUCGCUCACUCUCUUGCUGGUUGAUUACAAUUUGGACUUCCCUAGAGGAACAUUUCUGUUUUCUGGGAAAAUAUUACAGAUUCUUUGAUCCUUUUGAAGUAGAUUCUCUCUCUAUCCUUGAAGCAUGUAGGACCUUAGACUUUAAAAUCAUCUUUGGAGAACAUUGUAGCCAUGAAGAAAAAACACUGAGUAGGCCUGAAAUAUUCCAAAGUUGAAUUUUGACAAGGUAGAAAGACCUAGUGAUGCCUAAGAGACUCCUAGAGUUCCUGGCUACUCUCCUAAAGUGUGUGACAGCAAGUCCCCCACCACUUCCAACACCUGUAGCUUUGUGCUGUUAUAGCAAGCACAAGGUGAAGCGUGCUCUGUGACUCUUGGAAACCUGUUCAUCACAAAUGUUUUAGAGCAGGAAUGGCAAGUGGGUUUCUUCUUAUGUCUCACUCCAUCAUUUGGCAGGAGCUAUCUAGAACACAGUGUUGAGGAUACCUUUGAGAUUGAGUGGAAAACAGGCCCCACCUGAUUAGAGAUGUCGGGUAGGGGGUGGUCAGCACCAUGAAUGCAAUAAAGUUGUCAUCCCUGUAUUGGUCAUGGCAGCCGGGAAAGUGCCAAAUUUCCCUAAUACUCCCUGUAAGUCUCCAAAACACUUAGAACAUCUACUACUUUGGGGAUUUCUGAAGGUCUCAGAGCGGAGGCUGCUAUACUAGUCACAUGAUACACUGUUGCCCAGAGGUUUCUGCAGAGGUACUUCAU